AAGCCGGAGGUGUCCGCAUCCUACCAGGAGAAAUUCCAACAAUUGCAAGUUGAGAGCAUGUUUGGAAAUUGAACCACUGUUUUAACUACACAGCUGAGUGAAGAUGUGGAGCGAGUAUCUGAAAAUCCAACAGAGGAGAGAGAAGGAGAUAUGGAAGUUCAUGAAGAUUCCAGCUCUGUUAUUUUACCAGAUGGUGAACUGGGUACCACUACCCCUUCUUUGCGUUUCAGCAAGACCUGCCUGAAGAAUGUUUUUUCAGUAAUUCUCCUGUUUAUUUAUCUGCUGCUCAUGGCUGUAGCUGUGUUCCUUGUCUACCAAACCAUCAGUGACUUCAGGGAGAAGCUCAAGCACCCAGUGAUGUCUGUCACUUACAAGGAAGUGUCCUUUUAUGAUGCACCUGGUAUUGCCUUUUACCCAGGCAGGGCUCGGCUGCUCAGCUGCAAACAUCAUUACUACGAUCACAUUCCACCUCUGAUAAAUCCAGGUCAGCCAGGAGACAUUGAAUGCACCACUCAGAGGAUCAACUACACAGAUCCUUUUACUAAUCAAACUAUGAAGUAUGCUUUGGUUGUUCAAGGCCCUCGUGAUGUGAAGAAAAGGGAACUGGUGUUUUUGCAGUUCCAUUUAAAUGAAACAGACCAAGAUUUUAGUGCCAUUGAUUACCUGCUGUUUUCAUCUUUCCAAGAGUUUGUCAGCAGUCCAGAAAAAGCAAAAUUCAUGAAGGACUGUGAAAGUUCAUACUCCAGCUGGAAGUUUUCUGCAGGCUUCCGAACUUGGGUCAAGAUGUCCUUGGUCAAGACAAAAGAAGAAGAUGGUAGUGAGACUGUUGAAUUCAAACAAGAGACCAGUGUGGUUAACUACAUUGACCAGAGAACUAAACCAAGGAGUGACCAGCUGUUCUUUGUGGUGUUUGAAUGGAAAGAUCCUUUCAUACAGACAGUUCAGGACAUUAUCACAGCAAAUCCCUGGAACAUGAUUGCUCUUCUUUGUGGUAUCUUUCUGGCCCUGUUUAAGGCAGCAGACUUUGCUAAGUUAAGUGUUAAGUGGAUGAUCAAAAUCCGGAGAAGGCAUCUGAAGAGGACUCGUCAAGUAACGAACCACAUAAGCUGAGACUAAGAUUGCCUUUUAACUGUUCAUAGCAGGAGGGAUAGAAAAUAACUGGAAUAAACUGCAAUCAGCAAUUAAAGCUGAAAACCAGGUACGUUUUCUUCCAGAGAGAUGCUGGCUAGAGAAACCACCUAGUGAACUGGCCUUGGAACAGCAGAAGGAGCUAACUCUAGGACAAGUCUAACAAACUCACACUUUUGUAGUCCAACUUUAACAAGUUUACCUCAAUAUAUGGAGGAAUCAGCGGGAAAGGAGGGAACUCACUAAUGUUCAGAAAGUCAUCACUGUUGUAAAUUGUGAAAAAGUGGACAGUGUUUGAAUGUUUCUCCAACAGACCCUUUAGUUUCUGCAUCAGCUGUGAGCUGCUCCCAUAGCACAGUCACUGCCUUGAUGGUGCUUAGUGGAAGGUAAAGUACUCUGGAAACAUCCUGGCCUUUCUUCUCCAAAGUAUGUUUUAAAACAAAAUACACUGGAAUUCUAUUACAUGUCAUCUUUAAAUCAAAACACAAUGACUUUAAUAUUAAAAUAUACUUCAAAUAA